AUGACUGCAACGACGGUUGCAAGCGCCAGCGCGGGGCUGCCACCAAACUCGUACAUCUACAAGAUCACCUCCACGGCGCCACGGCAAGAUCCUCUCACAUACUCCAAGCUCGACCAACUCGCGAUUAUAUCAUCAGACGAUUCAUUGCGAUUCCUUGAUCCAUUGACGUUAGCCGUGAAUGGCACCAUCAAAAAUGCCAACGAUAAAGUCACAUGUCUUGAGCGAGCGAACGAUGCGCCAAGCAAUGUCAUUGCGACUGCGGGAAGAGAUGGGAUGAUCAGAUUCUGGGAUAAGAGAACUCGCCAGAAAGCACUUGAGAUUGAGAGUCCAAACAAGCUCAUCUCGGCCCUGGUGUGCGACACUCAGAAGAACUUCAUCGCCGCCGGUAUCGAGAACCCCGAAGACGGCGCUGGCGUAUCUCCUGUCUACGUCUGUACCGACGGUCUCGUCAACAUCUUCGACACCUCACAGGCCGAAGAAGAAGACGCAUUGUAUCAAGUCAUCAACCACGGAUCCGCCAUCGCGCACGCUGGCUUCAUGUACCCCGGCACUGACAUUUACGCGCUUGGCACAGACGAGACGACGAGCUUCUACGCUCUCCAAAGCCAGAAAGAGGAAGAAGAAGAGCCCACGCCCAAAGUAUUCGGAGACGUUAGAGAAGCACUCGGGUGCGAGUAUCUCGUCGAUAUGCACUGGGUUGGCCCGCACCCCUUUAUCGCUGCUGGAAAGCACAGUCAACUGGCUCUCGUCCCCCUCACAAACUCCUCCCCAGCCCCGCUCGACUACGCCUUCGAUCUCGGCAAAAGCAUCCAACUCCCCGGUGCUCACGGCGAGGAAAUCGUCCGCGACAUGUUCACAGACAUUCAUACGCGAACGACGUACACGUGCGGAGAAGACAGCCACAUCCGGGCAUGGAAACUGGCUGAAGACGAGAGCAUGGAUGUCGAUGAGGAAGCGGAGCCGAAGAAGAGGAGUAGCGAGAAGAAAGAGAAGCGCAGGGAUAGGAAGGAGAAGAAGAAAGACGGCGAGAAAAGGUUCAAGCCGUAUUGA